AAGUUGGCUUGGUCAAAUGAGCAAAAGGCCAUAGACAACCCUCUGUCUGAACAUUUCGAUUUCCUUUUCUGCAAAAUCCCACACGCAGAGAAUCAGAAGAAAAAAAACAUAAAGAAAUGCAUUUUAGUUUGAACGACCACACUUAAACCGUCGUCUUUGGUGGAGAACUCAGACGACCAUGGACGACACCGCCACCACCACCAUCAAAACCAAAACUAACGACAACAAAAGCCGCAAGCGCCGCUGGAGCGAAGGCGAUGACGAACAAAGCAAAUGCGAAGACGACGAUGACUUGGAGGAAGAAAAGCAGUGCGACGUGGAGCUCUGGGAGACGCUGAGCAGGAGCUUCCGGCAGGUCCAGUCCGUACUGGAUCAGAACCGAGCUCUGAUCCAGCAGGCUAAUGACAACCACCGGUCCAGAGUCCCCGAUAAUCUUUCCAAAAAUGUUGUCCUGAUCCGCGAUAUCAAUUCCAAUAUCAACAAAGUCCUCUCCAUCUACUCCGAUUUAUCGGCCAAUGUCUCGAGCAUCGUUCACCGACCUCGCGCCAUAAUCCCCGCCAAAAGCAACAAGAACGACGGCGACGAAGACAACGACACAGGCAAUUGGAAAUUGGAUCGGUAAAAUCGGGCGUGGAGUCGCAGUAAUUUCGAACACCUUGUUGUGAGUCUUCUGUUUGUGCUUGUGCUUGUGAGUCGUCUGCAAACUGUUUGUUGAAAUGCUUGCGUUGUUGUAAAAUGACGAAAGCUUUGCUUAAUAUUGAGCUUUUGUUAUGUGUUGUAUGAGGACCAAGGCUGCGGGAUUGCUUAUCUGCAUUAUCAUCCACCCUGCAGAUACUAAUACUAUGAGAAUAGUAGGAAACAAAACAAUCACUUUACCUAUGGAAGCAUUUUGCGGAAGGCAUUGAAAUGAAUGGGAUCUCAAUCACAAAGUUCUAUCAAUAUCAAAUAGUACUGCUUCAAGCAGAGCAAGUCCAGAGAGUGAACUUUAAAAAAAGGCUAUGAGGCAUUAGUAUAACAAAAGAAUGAAACCAAAAAUAAAAUAAAAAAUGUAACGCUUGCACCACCUGUUUCUCUGUAAUUGAUCUUUCACUUUUUCAUUGCUCAGUUUGUACAUAACAUGAGAUGAUACCAAACAGAAAUAUACUUUU